CACACACAGAACCACCCACCACUCCAUACACACAGAACCUCCCACCACUCCACACACAGACCCUCCCACCCUAUCAACCCCAACUCCUGCACCACCACCACGGCUCCUGCCUACCCUCUCUGCCAGUCGCACUCUCACGCACCCAGUGAGCCUCACGUUCCGCGAUCCUCACCUGCAAGCGAUAUUCCUCGUCCUGCUUCACGACGUUGUUAAUUUCUUAAAAUCUCUUUUUUUGUAUUUCGUUAAUUAUUUUUUCCAUUACUUUUCUCUUUUUUUCCUACCUGCAUAUGUCUCUUGCAGAGAAGAUGAAUGUCUCCACCAUCUCCACGGAUCUCCUGGCCCUGGGGGGACAGGUCGCCUCACCAUGGGGGGUUCAGGUCAUGGCCCCGACGGGGAACGGUGGCGGCGGAACGGGGGGCCUCACCUCGACGCCCGGAGUGGGGGGCCCCGUGCACGUGGUGCGGGUGGCGCCCUUCGCCGUGGUGUGCGUGCUGUCCAUGACCGUGCUCUUCGGCAUCUUCUUCCUGGGGUGCAACCUCCUCAUCAAGACCGAGGGCAUCCUCAACUUCCUCAUGAAGGACAGACGCGCCUCGCGCGACGUCGAGGCCACGGUCACGGCCACGUACUGAUCGGCGGCCCGCGGGGUCUGGCGAAGGGCGACCAGGCACGGACAUCUACCAGACAUCGCUACUUACUGGCAACGAGAUCUCAGCCAUCAACCAGACAUCGCUACUUACUGACAACGAGAUCUCAGCCAUCAACCAGACAUCGCUACUUACUGACAACCAGAUCUCAGCCAUCAACCAGACAUCGCUACCUACUGGUGACCAGAUCUCAGCCAUCAACCAGACAUCGCUACCUACUGGCAACAAAAUCUCAGCCAUCAACCAGACAUCGCUACCUACUGGCAACGAAAUCUCAGCCAUCACCCAGAUAUCGCUACCAACUGGUGACCAGAUCUCAGCCAUCAACCAGACAUCGCUACCAACUGGUGACCAGAUCUCAGCCAUCAACCAGACAUCGCUACCUACUGGUGACCAGAUCUCAGCCAUCAACCAGACAUCACUACCUACUGGUGACCAGAUCUCAGCCAUCAACCAGACAUCGCUACCUACUGGCAACCAGAUCUCAGACAUCAACCAGACAUCGUUACCUACUGGCAACGAGAUCUCAGCCAUCAACCAGACAUCGCUACCUCCUGACAACCAGAUCUCAGCCAUCACCCAGACAUCGCUACCUCCUGGCAACCAGAUCUCAGCCAUCAACCAGACAUCGCUACCUACUGGUGACCAGAUCUCAGCCAUCACCCAGACAUCGCUACCUACUGGUGACCAGAUCUCAGCCAUCAACCAGAUAUCGCUAAAUCCACAUUUACUCUUAAUCAGAUCUCUGCGCUCAACCAUGAACCAGGCAUCAACCAGUGACCAUCAUCUAUCAACCAUCGAACAAAUGGCUGUAUUGUCAACUCAACUACGAACCAGACCUCUGCAACUGCUGUCAAUCAGACAUCACGUAUCCACCAAAUGUAACUGCAACAAAACACAUCACCAAAAACGCCUUCACAAUCUUCUCCAACACCAUUACCACAUUUUCACAAUCACCACCAUCAUCAUCACCACCAUCACUACAAACACCAUCGCCACUGUCACCACCCGUUGACAAACAUCACCACCAUCACUACAAACAUCACCACCA